AUGUCGACAGCAAAGGCCUCCCCAUUGAAGGUGUAUGGUGUCAACAUUGAAACCAUUCGAUUGCUUUUGAAAGUUAUCAUCUUUAUAUCAAUAGCCGGUGCUGCUAUUUCAUCAAGAUUGUUUUCUGUGAUAAGGUUUGAAUCAAUUAUUCAUGAAUUUGAUCCUUGGUUUAACUUCAGAGCUACUAAAUACCUUGUUUCCCAUUCCUUUUAUGAAUUCUUAAAUUGGUUCGAUGAUAGAACUUGGUAUCCAUUAGGUAGAGUCACUGGUGGUACUUUAUAUCCUGGUCUUAUGGUUACUUCAGGUGCUAUCUGGCAUAUCUUAAGAGAAUGGUUUAGUUUACCAGUUGAUAUCAGAAAUAUUUGUGUGUUAUUAGCCCCUGCCUUUUCUGGUUUAACUGCUAUCUCCACUUAUUUCUUAACUAAAGAAAUGAAAGAUUCAAAUGCAGGUUUAUUAGCAGCUAUCUUUAUGGGUAUUGCUCCUGGUUAUAUUUCAAGAUCAGUGGCUGGUUCCUAUGAUAAUGAAGCCAUUGCUAUCACUUUAUUAAUGGCUACCUUUUAUUUCUGGAUUAAAGCUAUGAAAAUUGGUUCUGUUUUCUAUGGUACUUUAACUGCUUUAUUCUAUUUCUAUAUGGUUUCAGCUUGGGGUGGUUACGUUUUCAUUACUAAUUUAAUUCCAUUACAUGUGUUUGUUUUAUUAUUAAUGGGUCGUUAUACUCAUAGAUUAUAUACCGCUUAUUCAACUUGGUAUGCUUUAGGAACGUUGGCUUCUAUGCAAAUUCCAUUUGUGGGUUUUAUCCCGCUUAGAUCAAAUGAUCAUAUGGCUGCUUUAGGUGUAUUUGGAUUACUUCAAUUAGUUGCUUUUGGUGAUUAUGUUAAAUCUAAAGUUCCAACCACCCAAUUCAAAACUUUCUUAGCUAUCUCCUUAACUUCAGUUAUCCUUUUAGGUGUUGCUGGUUUAGUGGGUUUAACUGCUUUAGGUUGGAUUGCUCCAUGGGGUGGUCGUUUCUAUUCUUUAUGGGAUACAAACUAUGCUAAGAUCCAUAUUCCAAUCAUUGCUUCUGUUUCAGAACAUCAACCUACUGCUUGGCCUGCGUUCUUCUUUGAUACCGGUAUGUUAAUUUGGUUAUUCCCAGCUGGUGUUUAUAUUUGUUUCCAAGAAAUGAGAGAUGAACAUGUCUUCAUUAUCAUUUAUUCCGUGUUAUGUUCUUAUUUCGCUGGUGUAAUGGUUAGAUUAAUGUUAACUUUAACUCCUAUUAUUUGUGUUACUGGUGCUAUUUCAUUAUCUAACUUGUUUGAUGUUUACUUAAAUAUUGUUGAUGUCUUCACUACUAAAGAAGAAGAAGUCACUGAAAAAUCCACAAAAAAGAAUGCUAAAAAGAGUUCUGAAGAAAAGAAGAUUUUAUUACCAUUAAUUACUAAAUUAAUUGUUACUUUAACUUUUGCAUUCUACUUAUUUUACUUUGUCUUACAUUGUACUUGGGUUACUAAUAAUGCAUACUCUUCUCCAUCUGUGGUUUUAGCUUCAAGAAAUCCAGAUGGAUCUCAAAAUAUCAUUGAUGAUUAUAGAGAAGCUUAUUACUGGUUAAGAAUGAACACUCCAGAAGAUUCCAAAGUUUUAGCAUGGUGGGAUUAUGGUUAUCAAAUUGGUGGUAUGGCUGAUAGAACUACAUUAGUCGAUAACAAUACUUGGAAUAAUACCCAUAUUGCCACUGUUGGUAAAGCCAUGUCCUCACCAGAAGAUAAGGCUUAUGAGAUCUUCAAGAAACAUGAUGUUGAUUAUGUUCUUGUUAUUUUCGGAGGAUUAAUUGGUUUCUCCGGAGAUGAUCUUAAUAAAUUCUUAUGGAUGGUAAGAAUUUCAGAAGGUGUAUGGCCUGAUGAAAUCAGAGAAAGAGAUUUCUUUACCGAAAAGGGUGAAUAUAAAUUAGAUAGAGAAGCAUCACAAACCAUGAAGGAUUCUGUUAUGUAUAAAUUAUCAUAUUAUAGAUUUGCUGAAUUAUUUGGAGGAAGAGAUGCUCCAGAUAGAGUUAGAAAUCAACAAAUUCCAGUUGAUCAAGCACCAGAAUUACAUGUUCUUGAAGAAGCUUUCACUUCAGAAAACUUUAUGGUAAGAAUUUAUAAAGUUAAAGAUUUAGAUAAUGUUGGUAGAGAUUUAUACGAGGCUACCAAAUUCGAAAAUCAAAUCUCAAAACCAUUAAAGAGAAGUAGAGUUGUAAAGAGACCUGCUUUGGCCUUAAGAGAAUGGUAA